AUGCCCCCGGCAGGCAACGAGUAUGCUGCAGAACAGCUGAAAAACAUCGGGAACAAAUGCUUCAAGAAUGGCGACUAUGAGCAAGCCGAGGCACACUACUCCCAGGCUAUACAGAAGAACUCAGCCAAUCCGUUAUUAUUCACGAACCGGGCAAACGCAAGACUGAAGCUGGAAAAAUGGGAGGGCGUGAUUGAUGAUAGUAUCCGCAGUAUCGAGUUACUCAAGGAUAAUAUGAAGGCCUUCUUCUAUUUGGAUGAAACAUGUCCGUCGAUUGCGAUAUUACUCUCUUCCCAAAAUGAAUGCAACGCUAAGAUGACGACAGCACAAGCUCAACUCGCAAUCAAUCACCCCAACGAAGCCCUCUCCAGUGCCCUCAUGGCCUACCAACUCUGCACAAAUUCCACGCAGCAAACCUCAAACGCGGCCACGAUAUCUGCUCUUGUCCUGCGUUGCAAAAAAGCAAAGUGGGAUAUUCGCGAACGCGAACGCGUACGGCGGCGUGGAGGCUUGCUCGCAGAUCUGGAAGCCAUGCUCGAGACCCAGUACAAGAAAGACAUGGAUGACAUCGAUGCGCGCAUCGAAGCUAACGAAGUCACACGCGUAGCUGGCCAAGAAGAGAAAGCAGAGCGCAAAAGUGAUUUUGAGAAGAAACGAGAUGAUCUACGCACUGCAUUUGCCAUUUCAGACCCAGAAAACCAGCAAAAACGCGAAGUGCCUGAUUAUCUGGUCGACGGAAUCACGUUUGAAAUCAUGCACGAUCCGGUUGUAACCAAAAAUGGCCGUUCCUACGAGCGCGCAACACUGAUUGAGCAUUUGAAGCGCAGUCCAACUGAUCCCUUGACGAGGGAGACGCUGACAAUCGGCGACCUGAGGCCGAAUAUCGCGUUGAAAGAGGCGUGUACAGAGUUCAUGGAACAGAACAGUGGGUGGGUUUAUGAUUGUGAGGAAGUCCGCAUGAACGUCAACCCGAGGCUGUUCCGCAUCACCAACCUCUCGAGGUACAGCUUAGAAUCCCAACAGCAAUUGCACAGCCAUCGACGGCCUUAUGUGCUGUCCGCCAUACUUAUUGCCAUGAAAAACACUGCAGGUAUGCGGAACCUGCGCAUGCGCCCCGUGAUACCACGUUGCCGCCCCGCACAACACCUGUUUCAACACCCCACAAGACACGCGACCAAUGCAACGGAAGCCGCCGCUGCUACCGUGACAGCGACGAAUGUUCGAUCGGGAGGCACACGUGCCAGAAACCUGGUAUACGGUACCAUUCUGACUGUCGGUCUCUCCUUUGGCUACCUCUACGUCACCGACACACGCGCAAGCAUUCACGAAUGGCUUGUCGUACCGGCCCUACGACAAAUAUAUCCCGAUGGCGAAGAGGCGCAUCAAGCGGGAACACGAAUACUCAAGGCUCUCCAUAAUUUUGGGCUAAACCCCAGGGAGCGUGGUAUAGCUGAUUCACAAGGCGAUCUGACUGUACCAGUCUUUGGACACACAUUGAGUAACCCAAUUGGCACAUCGGCGGGUAUCGACAAGGGCGCUGAGAUCCCCACGCCCUUGUUCGAGCUGGGUGCGGCGGUUGUUGAGGUUGGCGCCAUUACAUUGUUGCCACAGGAGGGCAAUCCCAAGCCACGUGUAUUCAGGCUCCCGAGCCAGAACGCGCUCAUCAACCGCUAUGGGUUCAACUCAGAGGGUGCCGAACACGUAGCUACCCGACUUCGUCAGCGCGUUCGCGAGUUUGCUUAUCACAAGGGAUUGGGCAUGGAUGAAGAGGCUGAGCGGGCGGUCCUCGAUGGAGAAGCUGGUGUUCCACCCGGCUCAUUGCUGCCAGGACGACUGCUGGCAGUCCAAGUUGCCAAGAACAAGACCACGUCGGAAAACGACAUUGAGGCAGUCGUUCGUGACUAUGCGACCACUGUAGGACAUGUUGGAAAGUACGCCGACAUCCUGGUAGUAAAUGUCUCGUCUCCCAACACACCCGGCCUGCGAACAUUACAGAACGUGGAGCCAUUGACACGGCUGCUCUCAGGCGUCGUCCAAGCCGUCAAGAACAUCGACCGCAAGACCAAACCCGCCAUCAUGGUCAAAGUCAGCCCAGACGAAGAUUCAGAGGAACAAAUCUCUGGUAUCUGCGAAGCCGUUUGGGACUCGGGCGUAGACGGCGUCAUCGUCGGUAACACAACGAAGAAGCGACCAGACCCUUUGCCCAGAGGAUACGCACUGCCAGCGUCUGAGGCCAAACUUCUGCUAGAGCAAGGCGGAUACUCUGGACCACAGAUGUUUGAGCGCACACUUGCGCUUGUGACCAAGUACAGAAAAGCACUGGACCAGGGACCAAAACAUCCAACGUUCUCAACGUCAUCAAGCACUGCGGCGACAAUCGCCGACAACUCUCAAUAG